CAAAGAUAUUUUCAGAAUAAGACGACAUAAACGCCACCUAUCUUUAAGAUAGCUCAAGAUAACAUAGUGCAGUCUGACAGACUUCUGUUGGAAUUUAAGUGAACAAGAGACAAUUCCAAUGAGGUACCUACCGUUUAUUCUAGUGGUGAUUUGUAGUUUUGCUACCGUACACACGUGUCCAAGUUUGUGUACAUGCAUUGCAGAUACAAUAUCAUGCAAUAACCGAGGUCUUACCGUUGUUCCCUCUUUCAGUAGUGCCGAUAUGUCAGGUGUCAAAUUAUUAGACCUAAGUCACAAUAACUUUACUACGUUACCAGUGAAUGCUUUUCCGAAUAGUCAUUUCGAAACACUCAAGCUAGACUAUAAUCGACUCCGGACACUACCAAAUGGUACCUUUCAAGGUGUUGCUAGUGAUAUAAAGAACCUUGACUUAAGCAAUAAUGAGUUUUUAACCCUUCCAGACGCACUUGCGGCUCUAGAUCACUUAAUAUCAUUGAACGUGUCCAAUAACUAUCAAGGGACAAGUGAUAUUAACUUGCAAAACAAUGUAAUGAGGGCCUUAGGGGAUACAUUGGAAGAGUUUACAUUCGGUAGUAUUAAACAGAAGGAUUGGCCAAGAACUCUCAACCAUUUCCAGAACCUACAUCGCUUAGAGAUCACAUCUCUACAUCCGAACUUGAUUAUACUUCCACCAACAGGUUUCCAUGGCUUCGAAACAACUCUUGUUGAAUUGUCUAUUCAUGAUACAAACCUGCUAACUGUUCCAAUUGGUAUUUCAAAGUUACGCAAUUUACUUACGCUGAACUACGACAACAAUCGAAAUACUGGUGACAGUGGAAUCCUUCUACAAUCAUUCCCGACAAGCAGUAAUUCAAAACUUUCAACAUUAUCGCUAAAAGGCGACUCACUCACAGUUUUUCCUCUUGUAUUGAAAUAUCUUCAGAAAUUGACCAAGUUUAGCAUUGAUAAUAAUCCUCUUGAUUUCUUAAGCGAAACGUCUGUGGAGGGACUACAUACUCUCCGUGAAUUAACAAUAAGGAAUUGUUCUUUGGAGCGAAUACCGGCUGCUUUGGCCACAAUCGCAGCAUUAGGCUCUAUUGACUUCUCAUUUAAUGCAAUAGAGACGGUAGAGAAACGUGACUUACAAGGCUUCACCAAUAUACAAAAGCUAACUCUUUCAAAUAUGCCGCUGAAAUAUAUUUCAAGGGACUCCUUAGCGCCAUUGCAUAAUCUACAAGUGCUUGAGCUAAAUAAUACUGCCCUCACAGAAGUACCACUUGCACUUAAUUUCACAGAUAGUCUUGCGAACGUUAGCAUUGGACAUAACCGUAUUGACUGUAUGUGUGAAAACAUGGUCUGGCUAUUCCACAAGGCAGUCGAGUGUAACCCAACUGGAGUCCAUGGGUUUCAGGUCAUCGGUACAUGUGAUACAAUUCAUGCCACUAUUGAAGAAUAUUUGACGAAUUUUGUAAAGAGAUGCCCGGGCUACAAAGAAAUCUGUAAUAUCAUGCCGUAUGGCUAAAACCAUGCUUUAUGGUUACUAUCUGACCCGUUCUUUUAUAUUAAAAUCAAAAUUGAAAUAAACUUUUUCGUAUAAAUAUUAACACAA